CUGCAUGGGAGAGCCACUUGUUGAGCGCGCUAGGUGAAAAGACUGUUUUGGCGGUUUGGUCGGGAAGAUGGCGCCUCCCUCCCCUCCUGUAGAGAAACGGUUUCGGUGUUUCCUGAAUGGAGCGGAUGCGGGCGGCGGCCGUAAUCUUGGGGCUGGGGAGCAGACGGUGGGGGUGCACGGGGCAGCGGGUUGUAAUCAUGCAGUGUGCCCCGCGCUCGCAGGCGGCCUGCAGAAGGAAUACCUGUGGCUGAUGCUGCAGGCUCUGGGGUUUGAUGCUGGAGCAGAGGCAGCCACUGCUGGCAAGACGCUUAUCCAUGUCACCUCUGGAAUGAACAUGUUUGACAAGCAUAAGGAUGCCUUCUUCGUUGUGUUCCACUUCCUGUUUGCCAAGCUGGACGCCGGGCGCUGUAAGGAAGUGUUCAGGUAUUGCUGGCCUCCGCUAGACAAGAAGAAAGACGCAGAGUUUAGGAAAAGCGUCCUGGAAUGGCUAAAGAGAAUUUCUGAGGAUGUGGGUAAUGGCUUUCCUCAAGUUGUGGCAUCCCUGUUUCUGUCUCCUGGGGGUCCGAAGUUUGUCCAACUCUUGUAUCUUGCAAAAUAUGUUAUGCUUCAGCAUAUCCGAAGAGAUGUCGAUGAUGAAAACCCUUUAUUCCAGCUGCCCUGCAGUGGAGAACUUUUUGAUCAAGAGUACAGAAAAAGCACAGUUGCUUGUAAAAGAGAUAAGGGAUCUUGGCGCUCUGAAUAUGCAUCAUUGCAGACCCAGUUCAGUGCAAUACAGAGUGUUCAGUCUGAUAAGUCCAAGAGAGAUGUCAAGAUAGAAGAGGUCCGGUCUAUGUGGAACACUAUUAUGCACACAUUGAAGGCUAUGGAUGAUGAAAUGGAGGUUGUCGAUUCUGUUGUUGGGGGAGAUGUAGAUCAGUUCUCUCUGGAUGGAUCUAAUAUUACUUUAAACAUUCCCAACGUACUGGUGACUAGAAUUGAGAGGGAAAUGAACAUGUUGCAGUUGGAAAAUGUUUACGAAGCUGGGAAAGUGAAUCUUGUAACCAUUAUACGGCUACUUAAUGAAGCCUUAAAAAUAGUUAAACAGGAAAAUUCCUACAAAGGUGGCAGAGAACUCCAAGUAGAUCUCCAGUAUCUGUCGGCAAAAUUGAAGUUUGAAACUGAAAUUCUUCAAAGGCUAAAGCACAUGAGGCAUAAAAUAAAAAGGGAGGAUGUUGUUUCUGUUAACAAAUCAAUUGCCGAUAAAGAGCGAGACUGGGAGAAGAAAUGGAAGAGGAUUUUAGGAAAGUGUCCCUUCAGCCUUUUUAAAGGAUUGAAUCCAAUUCUUGAACUUCAACCACCUUUGGCUCCUCUUUCAUUUGAUCCUGCAGCAGAUGAUGCUUUAAAAAACAGCGUUUUUAGUCAAUAUCCAGUAUCUCUUCCAGAAUUAUCAAAUACUGAUUCUAGUGUUAAGAGCAAGGAACCCAGUGAUUCCUUCUUGAGUUUCAUGGAUAUUGCUUUAUUCACACCUGCUGGAAGGAAAUCUCUACUCUUUAAGAACAAAAUGUCUCCCAGUAUGCGUAGAAUGUCUCUAAAUGAAAAGGAAUUUCGAACGCCUACCUCUAAUGGAAAAGAGGGUUUUAUACAAAGAUCUAACUCUUCAGUGAAGAGGUGGUCUGACACCAGCUGGAGAACUCCUCCUUCAAGCAGCUUACUGCAUCAUACCCCAACACCAUGUAAACAGGAUGCUAGGAGUACAGCACGUUUACAGCUUGCGCAACAGGUUGCGGAUUACAUAGUUAACGAAUCACCAAAGUCUGUGAGCCGAGGAAUGGAGCUUGAUGAUUUAAUUGGCAUGCUAUCUUCAGAUCCUUUCUUUUCUAGAAAGGAAAUUCCUAGGACCCCAGAAAAUUUGAUUUCAGAUAUCCGUACAUGUUGGAGAAAAGCUAUCCAAACUGAAGAAUUUUCUGGUGUGUCUAAUCCAUUGGAAGUUCCAGGUAUGGAUUCCCUGGCUGAACCAGAACCUGGACACUGCAGUCAGAUAGACCUAAGCAUGGCUUGCUUCUUGUCUACCUCUCACUCGUCUGAGCAGAAUGAUUCUCCAGAUGCACGAGCUCCCACAAGCACUUUGGAUCCUUCAUCGCUCCAGGAGGCGGCACUUCUGAGUCGGAGAACUUCACUGCAGCCAGAAAAGGUUAACCUCUUAAAGGAAUGUGAGAACUCAAGCAUUGUUUCUCCAUUUGUAGAAAAGAACCAGACCUAUAUAUUGGAAAACCAGUCAUCUGGUGACAUAAUGGGCAACACAAUGCUUCUGUCGUCUCUUUGCCACGAUAAUGCUUCUGCUCACACCACCCUGUCCUGGAAUUCUUCAAACGUGGUAGAUUAUAGCAAUCGUUCAGACAGUCACGAGGUGAUCCAGUUUGGUAUACUGCAUGAAACCCUUCCAGAAGGAGCCUGUAACUUAAGUCUUAACAGUACAACUAGCCUAGAGACUCCAGAAGCAAACAAGAAUGUGGCCAGAGGUGAGCAACUUCUGCACAAUACGGACUACAGCUGGAAGAGUACAGAGCGUAAAAUGGAUCUGGACUCUAUACGCGUUCGUUAUGAAGCUCUUAAAAGAACUUUUUACACCUCUUUAACAGAGGGUGAGAAUGCUCAAGGACAGACUUCUUUAACAAGGGUUGGGAAACCGAAAUCAGAAUCUAGCUUGCCAACAGACUCUGGGAAGGUGUUUAGUCCUUUAGACAAAGUUUUGUCCUUAGAUUCAGAGUGUUUAAUGACCCCUUCACCAAAAGGUAGAAAGCUCUCGCUUCCACAGCUAAUCUCUUUUUCUCCCACCGAAGACUUUGUAAGGUGCACCGAAGACAUGUCAGAUGUGUUUGAUUCGCACGGAGUUGAAGCUUUGAGUGAGACCUUUGACUUCACAAAGCCAGCAAUAGACCUUCAGAAAUGUACAGAAGAAGGUGUGGGGCAACUAAUAAAACUGUAGCAGCAUCAUAAGUGGAAUGGACAAUAAAUGUAACAGUCGGAGCAGUGUCGCACAUCAGCCAGGUGUUAUAACAGAAGGCCAACUUACUGUAGAACACUUAACAAGUGACUUGUUUUCU